CGGCGGCGGGAGCGGCGGCCAGAGGCGCGCGGGGGCAGCCGCGGGUGCGCAGCGGCGGCAGCAGAGGGGCCACCGCGCGCCCGACCCCCCGUCCCGGGCAAGAUGUGGCGGCGCUGGGAAGCGGGAUGGGACGAGAAGAGGGAGCUCCAGGAGCUCAACUCCCGGUUGCGGGUCUUCGUGUCCCGCGUACGGGAGUUGGAGGAGGAGAACCGCUUUCUGGCGCAGGAGUUGGCGGAGCUGCGGGAGCAAGAGCUGAUCGGGCUCCGGGUGCCCGAGCAGGAGCUGGCUUGGCUGCGGAUGCAGCUGGAGGAGCUGAGUCGGGCGAAGUUGGAAGCGGAGCUGGAGCGGGACGGGCUGCGGCGGGAGCUGGAGCAGCUGCAGGUGCUGGGCGCCGAGGUGCUGGCGAUGCGGCGUCGCCUGGAGCCCGAGCUGGCCGGGCAGCGGCAGCUGCUGGAGCGGCUGAGAGGCGAGUGCGUGGCCCUGGAGGAGCUGCUGCUGGAGUUGCAGGCCGAGCACGGGCACCUGGCGGAGCGGCAGCGGCGGGAGGCGGUGGAGAUGCGGGAGCUGCGGAUGGACCUGGCCGCCUUGCCGCCGCCUUUAGCCGGGCUGAGCCUGGAGGAGCUGGAGGAGACCUACGAGAUGCUGCUCAGCCAGAGCUGCCGAGAGACCCUGCUGCGCUACCAAGAGCAGAUCCAGAUGCUGCAGGAGCAGGAGGCGCAGCGGAGCCGGGAGAACCUGGAGCUGCUGCGGGAGGAGAGCCGGCAGUGCCGCCAGCACCUGGAGGACCUCCACCGCCAAGGCCAGGAGCUGUGCGGGCUGCGGGAGCGGCUGGAGUUGGAGUUGCUCGCCUUGCAGGACCGCCACGGCGCUGAGGUGGAGGAGUACCAGAGGAUCAUUGAUGCUCUAGAAGAAGAAAAGCAAUUCCUGACCAUGUCAAUCACAGAUUACCUGAAGGACUAUCAAGAACUACUGCAGGUGAAAGCAGGCCUCAUCCUUGAAAUUGAAACCUACAGAGCUUUGUUAGAAGGGGAAAGCAACCAGUGGAUUAUUACGUGGAGAGAUCAGCAUAGAGGGAAAUUGCCUCAAGAUGUUAUAAACACUUCCUAUAACUACACAGAUAUUUACUCUACUUACCAAGAAAGAAAUAGAAAUAAAGCUUCACCAGCUAUGAGGAUCACUGAUACAAGACACAGAAUGCCAGUGACAAAUACUAGCAGUUCUGCACACUACUCAGCUCACUCCGCACAGGCUGGAUCACACACAAUGGCCAGUGGAAGAGCUUUUGGAAGAGAUGUACUUGGUUCAACAUAUCGCCCUUCAACAACUGUUACAAAGGACGAAAGGAUUGUAACAGAGCAGAAAGAAUCAAGAACCUUUACUCCAGCCUACAGUAGCUGGAAAACCACGGAAAUGCAGCAGAAGAUAAUUCCAGAAAGAAAGAAAACAGAGGUUACUGCUUCAUCUACAGUAUCUUUUUCAAAAGAAUCGGGAAAUGUUGAAAGAUCAGACAAGGACCACAAGCCUGACACCAAGCCAGGGAUUUCUGAAAAUUCAAGAACAAAACCAGGCUUCACUAGAUUUCCAACUUACGAGCUGAAUACCAAUUUUAAACCAUCUAAAUAUGAAGAAACAAUAACUGAAAUUAAGACCACAGUAAAAGAAAAAAGGGAAGGCAGCAAAUCAACUGAAGAGAAUAAAUCUUUGCUGAAAGAAAAAGAUAAGCUAGAGAAGCAAACACAGGAGGAGAAAAAGAAAACUGACGGGAAACCUUUCACAGAAGAAAGAAGUUUUGAUUUUGGAAGGAAGACUGAGCAGAGAAAAUACAUCCAUGAGGAAGUUGUUGACCAGAAGUUAACAGGGAGUGAUAUUUCUAAUGCAAGAUCUUUGAAAAGCGAAUUAACCAAAAAAGAUAGAAAUGUGACUGUGGAAUCCAGAAGCAAUGAGGUCAUUGAGAUACCAAUCAGUCUUGAAAUGCCUGUUCCUGACAAAGAAUCUCAGAGUAAUAAGGAACUUAAAUUAGGGGGAUUUAAGACAUCCAUAGGAAGAGAAACAGAUGACCAUGUAACUAAGUCUGCUGAAAUUCACAAAGUCAGUAUUUCGGAAGAGGAAGCCAAGCUGAAAGAUGAAAACCACCUUAGUGACAGAAUGUCAACUGAAAAUAUGGCAGAGAAUAUUGUUGCUGACAUCCUUAAAAGUUUUACACAGUCUUCUAGUUCACAAAUAUCAACAGACACGAAAGUGACCUAUUUUGAUAAGAAAGAACAGGCAGAUGAUGGGAAAAUGAAGACUGAGAUCACAGUACAAUCUCAAGUUAAAGAAAACAUAGAUAUUUCUGGCAAAGCUGACAUAGGAGGUCUGUCAAACCAGGAUGUAAGGAAAGUGCUUCGAGAGGGUGUUGAGGGAAUUCCUUCCAAAGAGGAGAUAGAAGAUAUAGUACAUCAUGGCCUGAGAGGAAAUGAGGACAGAAAGAACAUAUCUGUUAAUGUUGAGAUCGUAGAGGAGCCGCUCGAUUACGCUGCUGAUGAAAAGACUGAUUUUUCAACACCUUUUGAAGUGGAGGAAGUGGAAGAUACAUUCCCUGAGAGAGAGAGGCGUUACGGUGAUGAGGAAGAAAAUGUAACAUUCACAUACGGUGAUGCCAAAAAGAAGAAACAACGCCACGAGAGUUUCACUCAUGUGGAAGAGGUAACUGAGGAAGAUGACUCGCCUAUUGAACAAAAGUAUUUUGUAUCUGUUCCUGAUGAUCAUCCUGUUAUUAAAGAAAAAGAUGAUGACUCAAUAUAUGGACAAAUUCAUAUAGAAGAAGAAUCAACUAUUAAGUAUUCUUGGCAAGAUGAAUUUUUGCAAGGCACACAGAGUAAGAGAGAUGAAGGUGUAAGGUCUCCGGAAGAAACGUACCAUGUGGUAGGGGAGGAAGCAAGUGCCCAUAUUUUAAAAGAGCAUCCUGAAGCCGAAACGUCCCAUGUUGAAUCUGUUGUUAUUGAAAAAGAAAUAAAAAUUCCUCAUGAAUUUCAGACUUCAAUAAAAGGGCUUCUAUCAAAGGAAACAAAGGACCCUAAACAUCAGUUGAAGGAAGCUUUGGAGCAGUUGGAGGGCAGUCUCCCAGAAAGUGUGAAAGAGGAACUGUCUGCGUUAACAAAAGAAAAUAAAGCCGACUCCAGUAACUUAGAAUUUGAUAUCAAAAAAGUUAAUCAAACAGAGGAGGAUGGCUUGGUGACAAUUGUUGCUGAAGUCAAUCUGUCACAGACCCUUGAUACUGAUGAAUUUGAUGUAGCUCAACUUGAUGAAGUAAUUUCAAGUGAGAAGGAGAAGGCAACAUUGCACUCUCUGAAGAAAGACAGCUCAGAGACAGUUGUUGAUGGUAGAAGCCGUAUAGAAGUAGAUGUUUCUUCCCCUAGUGAUAAACACAUGCCUUUGUCUGACCAAGAAAUUUAUAACUCGUCUACAGUGAGAAGGAGUGGUGGCACAGAGUAUCAUGCCACUGAACAAGUUAUUUAUGACGGUUCAGUUUUGGAAACUGCAGAUUUUGGAGAAGCCACUCGCUUGCCACAAUCUGUAAGGCAUAUUAAGGUUGGUCCAGCAGAAGUUCAGAGAUACGAGCAAAUCAUAUACGAAGGGCCUGGUUCUGAAACACUGGAGGUCAGUGCUACAGAAGGACUUGUUCAGACAGAAGGUUCGUCAGAGUUCAGCCGAUCUGUGAAGCAUUUUAAACUGGGUCCUAAAGAAAUUCAAACUACAGAAGAAGUGAUCUACACAGGCCCUAUCACCACAACUGUAGAAGAGAUUGAUUCAGGGAAUCUUUCUCAGAAGUUUUCAACAGACUUCAACAGGUCCACAAGACACGUCACCGUAGGAUCAAGGCAAUUAACUGAAGAAGUCUCUUUUGAAGGGCACACGUCAGACUCUGUGGAGCUCAAUAGCUCAGGUAACCUUUCUCAGACAGAAGGGUCUGUGGAUGUCAGCAGAACAGUAAGGCACUUUAGAUUAGGUCCAAAAGAGAUUCAUACCGAGCAUGUUAUCUUUGAAGGACCAAUCUCUGGUAAAGUGGAGGUCACUGACACUAGAGACUUCUCACAGACAGAAAGUUCGGUCAGACACGUUCAGUUGGGUCCCCAAGAGUUUAUGACGGCUGAAAAAGUCAUCUACCAGGGGCCUAUCUCUGAGCAUGUGGAAAUCAGUGAACUGGAAGACCAGACUCUUUCAAAAGGCUCAGUAAAGCAUGUUAGACUAGGUAAAGUGGGAGUUGAAACAACUGAACGCAUCAUAUAUCAUGGCUCCCUUUCUGAAACUCCAGAGAUCACGAACAAACAAGGACAUCAUUCAGAGAGCGAAGGAAGCUCCGAUACCAACAGAUCUUUCAGGCACGUUAAAAUCAGUCCUGUAGAAUCUCAUACUGAGCAAAUAAUCUUUACACAACCCAUUUCUGAAACACAGGAAGUUCUUUCACAAACAGGAGAGUCAUCUGUAAAGCACAUGAAAGUAGGAUCCAAGGAAACAUCUUUUUCUUUUCAAAUGGAUGUUUCCAGUAUGGGGGGAAUAUCUACAGUAAAAAGUGGAGAACAGCAAGCAACAGUGCUCAUAGCCAAUAAGCAAGACCCUUCUGUUAGUCAGUCACAGGUUGUAGUUAAAAGUGCUCAGACUGUAGAAAAUGACAACGAAGGAAGAGGCUAUGUUGUCUCCAGUUUUUCUCAAGAUCAUAGUGAAAACGUAGCAGAAAAGUCAUUUUUUGAUAAAACUGUCCAGUUGCAAAGAAUGGUAGACCAAAGGUCAGUUAUUUCUGAUGAAAAGAAAGUCGCUCUUCUCUAUCUGGACCGUGAGGAGGAAGACGAUGAUGAAAAUGAUGGACAGUGGUUCUGAAAGGACUCUAACAAAGUCUGCUUAGCAGCGUCUUCACACAUAUUUUUCAUUAUCCUUUUUUUUAAAAAAGAGAAAAAAAAGGGAUGGAGAAACACUCAGACUAUUUAGAUUACUAAUAGUGGACUGAGAAGUGUUGAAUCUAAGCCUCUACCUAUUCAGCACAGUUUUUAUUGCAAACUUUAUGUGGGGGAGAAAUCUUGCUAUAAAUAUUUUCCUCAGAGACCUGUGUCCAAUAAUUUCAGGUUUUUCCACCUGUAGUGACUGUAGGAAUUUGCUACUGGGCAGUUCAAAGGAUUGUGUUUUCUGUUUUAUAGCAGGUCAGUUAAUAAGUGUGUGCUUGAAUAGGACUUUUCCAUUUCAGAAAGAUACUGUAUUUUACUUGGUUACUACAAUACUCAGCAGCUCUAUUUAAACCUCAAGCUACUAAGUACAAAUAUAACAAACUACAAGACUUGUGAGAGUGGUAGGUAGCUGACUUUCAGUUCCAUUUCUAUGCACUUCUAUGCAAUACCUAAUCAAGACAUUUUAAGAUACAGUUAUUGCAUCCAUUAAAAAAAUACAAUUCUAUAGCAUCAAACUAAGCACAACAAGAAUUAACAGAAAUUGUUUUAUUUGUAUAGCUGGAAUGCAGUGCAAAGAAGAAAGAUAACACUGAAGCAAGUGUUUAUCACAGUAUUCCCGAUGAGAAAUGGUGAUUUAUUAUUUUUUUAUGGUUAGACAGUAGUACAUUUAAGAUCUUAAAAAGCUGGAUAGUAUUUUCACUGAAGUAAGGAGAAUAUCACUUCAGUGUCUAAUAACAUUAAUAUAUUUGGCAGUGUACAGGUUACAUUGAUGCUAGGUAUUGCUUAUGGUAAGUGUGAAGUGUCAAAUUAUUACCUGGUGCCUAGUUUCUUAACACAGUGAAAUUAGCUAAUACAUGUUUUGUUCUGAAGAGAACUUGUGAAAAUGGCAUUGACAACACUUACGAUUCAGUGUAUUCAGUAAACUUCCAGAUGAUCUUUCCUUUGUUUACAAAUGAGAAGAUGCCCUUUUGAAUUACUAGCCCUGCAAAUCCAGCCUGAAGAUUUGGGGUUUCUCUUCGAUUUUUUUUUUUCUUUGUUUGUUUUUUUUUCUGAUUGUGAUAUUUGGCUUCAGGCCAAAGUUGCUUUCUACUUAAAUUACUUGAAAAUAAGCUAAUUUCACUUGGAUUUUAUGUUGGUUAAAUGUAGGACAUAAUUUACAAUCAUAAUUCAGUGACUUCAAAGUCCAGAUCAGAAAUCAGCACCACUAACUGUAUUGAACUGUGCAGUGCUCACAGAUGCAUAAAUAGCAGCCAAAAUAUUUUUGUCACUGGGGUAAGAAGAUAUCAUACUGGACACAUAUGAGAAAUAAGAUACAUAAAUGAGAAGCUGCUAUUUUUACAUGCACGCACACACACACACACACACAUGCACAUUGGCUCACUCUGUCACACCUUCUCUGCAUAGCAGAAACACGCCUGUAUCCGGAUGGCUGUGUUGUGCCAGUCUGGUGGUCGCUGACUCCCACUUUUUUCCCUGUGGUUAUGUAAGCAGAAUUUUGUAUGUGCUAAUCCAUAUUAGAAUCCAGUUAAACUAUCUUAGUCUGGCAUGGCUAGUCAUAUUUUCAGUUUCCUUAAUAUUAACAGAAGCUAGAUUUCAAAACUGACUGCUCCAUUAUGAUAUGAAUGUAAAUGCAAAGCUGAAGAGAAGCUCCAUGCUGACUGAGAUAUCACACUGUUUCAGAGAUGAGACAGUUUAUGUGCCUUAGUAACUAAGUUUGAAAUUGUACAAAGCUAUUAAUAUUCCAAAGAUUGACUCAUGAGGUUUAUCUGCACUACAAAUUUUCCUGCAUGUUUCCUCAUUUUGUGUAACUGUGAGUACCAGUGUACUCAGGAUCGGAUGUUUUUCCAUCAUGUACUAUGAAAUCAUUUGUUGAAGUUGGAAGUGUAACCAAGAGCUGGAAAAUGAAUAGGAAACUGAGUUGCACAGAAGUGCUGAAAGCAUGUAUGCUAAGCUUAUUUAUUCUGGUGACUGUGUAACGGAUAAUAAUAUCUUUAAAAAUUAUUCAUAUAUGCUUAAAAAGGAUCUUGUGCUUCCAUUUAUAAACAGGGUGUUAUGAAUGGUAAUACUUCUUAUAUUAUCCUAUACUUCCGAUUCCUAGCUGACCUUAUGAUUUUAAAGAUAACAUCUCUGUGUUUGUUGUAAUAAGCAUGUGUAAGUCUGAGUUUUCCAGCUAGAUAACUAACUGCAAGCAGAUUCCAUACUUCAAGUAUUAAAUAAAUGCAUAAAGGAAGAAGUCAGGUCUGUAAGAAGGAACAGAAUUUAACAAAAAUAAUCAGUGUUAGUUUUCUUGAAGUGUUAUUUUAAGAUGAAACUUACACAUUCUCUGUACAACAGGUAUAAGAAUAUCUGCAGAAAAUGUGUAACUGUCAAAAAGCUACUGCCAAAGUCAAACCCAUCUGUCAAUAACUUGUGGAAUCUUUGACAGAUGUGCUCCUUAGGAACAACUCUACAAACAUUCUGUUACAUUUAUCUUCACCUGCUCAGAAGACGAUAAUUUUAGAUGAAGAGAUAAACCAGUAAGGAGCAUGGGAAUCAUAAAAUGUAGAUGGCCUUAGCAUUGAAAGAGAGAAAAAAUCAGUACUGUUUACACUGAGGUGUCAAAAGCUCUUUAAAAAUUCCUUUACACAUCACUGUAAGAUACAGUAGGUUAUACCAAGAUAUAUUUCUGUUUUGAUUGUCUGGAGGGAGAAAUUUGUUCUGUGUACUUUCUUCAAUUCUGUUUAAGAUCAGGAUUUUAAUCAACUGUUGCAAAGUUAGUUUAGUACAGGGAACUGGAAACGGGCAUUACCAUAACAUUUAACGAUAUGCACAGUUCCUUUGCGUGAAUCUUUUCAGACUGUGAAAACAAAGAUAUCUCACAUAAAAAGAGUGUUAAGUUUUAAGAAUGUUUGUGUUAGCAGCUCAUUUUCCAUUUAGUUCUUAAUAACCCAAGAUCUUUUGCCUUAAUAUGAUGGCUUUUGGAUACUACUACCUUCAGGCAACAAAACGUACCUAGGUGGACAUUCACAUCUUGCAGGCUUAAUGGUUGCAUUUGCAGAAUCAGGGCCAUAGGAACAUACAUUGCUACUAAAAGCAAAUAAAACCUGCUUGCUGAUGUGAUAACUCACCCUAUAUGAUCACUUUCUGCUUAAAUAUUAUAACCUGUAGCUGAAAGGAUUGGUGAUAUAACCUCAGUCAGCAUGCACUUCUGAAGCUUACUCAUAUAAUUUGUGCUUUUCAUUAAAUGCAAGUAAGAACUUUAUUGCUGAGUUUGGAUUAAACAAAAUGCUUUAAAAAUAUAAUUAGUAAUCUGGGGGGGAUUUAAAACUAUGUAUUUAACAGCUGAUAUAGAUCAGAAGUGGGGCACUGUUUUCCAAAUUGUGUAAACCACUGGACUAGAAAACAAAUAUAGAAUAUAACGAAAGAUGUGUGAGAGAUCUAGAACUCUGUAUUGACUGAUGUUUGUGAAUAGCAGGUGUUUAAAAAGACGGUAAGAAUGUUGAAACGGGGUUUGUUGAUGUCAGCUGUGUGAAACUUUGCAGACAGCUUGUGUUUUGGUCAUUUGCAAUGAAACUGCAUUUUUGUGGUGGUACAAGCUUCGUGAUUUUACACUUUUUCACUCUUGAGUAUUAAACUGUAAAAAUCAA